UUAACGGAGCAUUGUGGGGGCGUCAGCCGGGGAGUCCAGCCACUACGCCGUCCAGCCCAGAGAAGGUUGCACACAUCCGUCUUUACUCUUAUUUUAAUCACCUUUUAGCUUUCUCAUCGUCUGCCUCCACAUCAGACACAAGCCAGGCUGGUUGUUUGGAAAUGAAGCUGUGUCUUCUUCUUCUCUUGCUUUGUCUCUGCUGUCUGGGACUAACUGAGGACCUCAGUACAACAGCUCCUGAUGUCUCCGUUCCUGUAGACGAUGAAGAGGAGAAGGAGACGAAGGAGGAGGAGGAGGUUCAGGGCUGCGGAGGAGGGCGGGUGUUCAGCCCCGAGGACCACCGGGCGAUAGGGGGCGCUAUCGAGCGACUGGGUUUACAGCUCCUGGAGAAGCUUCCUAUUGGUCCGCAGCAGCCCAACGUCGUCCUAUCACCUCUCAGCCUGGCGUUGGCCCUCGCUCAGCUCACCUUAGGAGCUCGUAAUGAGACGGAGAAGCUGCUGCUGGAGAGCCUCCACGCCGUCAGUCUGCCGUGUUACCACCACAUCCUGGGAGGUCUCGUGACUCACUUCAGGAACACGUCGCUGGAGGUGGCGACUCGCAUGUACCUGAGACCAGGAUUUGAAGUGAAGUUGUCUUUUGUUGAGGAAUCUCUGGCCAGGUACCAGUCAUCCCCCGUCCCGCUGGUCUCCGUGGAGGAGAUCAACCAGUGGGUGGAGAACGCCACCAACGGUCACAUCCACAACUUCCUGGACAGUAUUCCACACAACGUGGUGCUGAUGCUCAUGAAUGCUGUGUACUUCAAAGGUGAAUGGCGGACACGAUUUGACCCUCUGGGCACCUCCAAGGGAGCGUUCUACCUGGACAACCAGAACUCGGUGUUGGUGGACAUGAUGAAGUCGGCCCAGUACCCUCUCCGCCUGCUGGACGAUCCAGCACUGGAAGCACAGGUUGCCAGUUUUCCCUUCAAGGGAAACACCAGUUUCUUAAUCGUGAAGCCGUUGCCGGGCAGAGGAAACGUGUCGGCGGUGCUUCCCAGACUGAACAUCUCCGACCUCUACAGACGUUUACCUCAGGAGAAAACGAUGCAGGUCAAUUUACCCAAGCUGAAGCUGCAGUACCGCCAGGAGCUCCAGGAGGCGCUGACCAGCAUGGGCCUCGGCUCUCUGUUUUCAGGUCCGGACCUUUCCGGCAUUUCCGACCAGCCUCUGACGGUGGCGAGCGUCCGCCACGCCAGCACCAUAGAGCUCAGCGAGGAAGGCGUGGAAGCGUCCGCCACCACCGUCGUGACCUCCAUGCGUUCCGUGUCCCUCUUCUCCGCCAACUCCCCCUUCUUCUUCGCCCUCGUCGACGACGCCUCCCUGGCCCCGCUCUUCAUGGGCGUCGUCACGAACCCCGCCCCCGACAACGACCCCAUACCCCUCAGCACCAUGAACGACCAACCGGCGAUGGAGAAUGUCAAGAAAAGAGACACAGAUAGCGAACACUGCAACAGCUCGAGCAGCGAGGCGACGAAGGUGCAGUCGUGUAGCGCCGCCGCCGCCACCGAGAGGAAGCAGCUGCAGCCUGUGAACGAACUGGAGGGCGGCGAUGGGAAGUAACGGCGAGAAGAAACCAGACGACUCUGCACUGGCCGGAAGCUUUAAAUCUGAAGGAAUAGUUCGACUUGUUUUGGAAAUAUGCUUGUUGGGUUUCUCGCUGAGAUUUAACUCUCCGCGUAUUUCACAAAUUGUCAAACUUCUCCUUCUCAGUAGAUUCAGAGGAUUCAUUUUCCACAUUGAUUAUGUUUUUAGCAAAUUAGUCAGGUUUCUGAUGUGAUGAUUAAAGUAGGGUGUUUAAUGAUGUUUAUAAUACACUUAUUAGGUUUUCCAGCUGAUGAAAGAAGAUUCUGUCAAACAGAAACAUGAAACUCUUUCAUUCAAAAACAACAAACCAAGUCGUGUAUUAUGAUGUUAAAAGUCUUUUUCUUUCUUUGCAGAUGUUUUAUCUACAACGUGAUGAUUUUAAUUUGAUAUUCAGUCACAGAAAAUAAAACGUUGACAUAAAUAAAAUAAUGUGUAAAUUGAUUUGAUUUGUG